AUGUCGGAGCAGACUCAUCGCGCUCACAGAUCUUCCAAAGAUCGUGGGAAAGCUGCCAAGGAUCGAAAUGCCAAGUCGGCUGAUCAUUCCAAGGCAUUCAACGCCAAGGCCUUUGUAUCCUCCUCGCGCUUCGCUCAAGAUAAGCAGAUUCGACGCAAUGCCGAAUUGUCGCAAAAGAGGUUGCACGUGCCUUUGGUGGAUAGGAGUCAAGAGGUGGGGUUGGAAGAGCAGGCGCCGGUGGUCGUGGCAGUCGUUGGACCGGAGGGAGUGGGAAAGAGCACGCUGAUGAGGAGUUUGAUUAGGAGAUUCACGAAGCAUACAUUGCAGGACAUCAAAGGUCCCGUCACGGUUGUUGCAGGCAAGAAGCGCCGCUUGACAUUCUUGGAAUGCAACAACGACAUCAAUUCCAUGAUCGAUGUCGGCAAGAUCGCAGAUCUCGUCCUGCUCAUGAUCGACGGCAGCUUUGGUUUCGAAAUGGAAACGAUGGAAUUCUUAAACAUCCUUCAAGCGCACGGUUUCCCAAAAGUCAUGGGCAUCCUCACGCACCUCGACCUCAUCAAGAAAGCCUCGACCUUGCGCGCGACCAAAAAACGUCUCAAAUCCCGCUUCUGGACAGAGAUCCAUCAAGGCGCAAAACUCUUCUACCUGUCCGGCAUCAUCAAUGCGCGCUAUCCCGAUGCCGAGAUUGCCAACUUGUCGCGCUUCAUCAGCGUCAUGAAAUUCCGUCCGCUCGUCUUUCGCAAUGCCCAUCCUCACCUCUUGGCCGACCGGCUGGAAGACUUGACACCGCGCGAAGAGGUGCGGCAAGAUUACAAGGUGGAUCGUCGCAUCACGCUCUACGGUUACCUGCGCGGCACCUUGCUGAGAGAGGGUGCGCGCGUGCACAUUCCAGGCGCAGGAGGAGGCGAUUUCAGCAUCGCUUCGAUCGAAAGAUUGGCAGAUCCCUGUCCCUUGCCGACGCUAGAGAGCGAAAAGAGGAGGAGAUUAAACGACAAGCACAAGCUGAUUCAUGCGCCCAUGAGCGAUGUGGGAGGCGUCAUGUUCGACAAGGAUGCGGUGUACAUCAAUGUGAAUGGUCACUACUCGGGGGGCAGCAGCAGCGGCGGGGGCGGGGGCGCGGAUUUGGUGGUGCGUUUGCAAGGUGCAAAGGAUACGUUGGAUGAGCGGGCUAGAGCGGGAAAGAUGCGCCUCUUUGAGGGGGGAGAGGGCGGCGAAGAGGAGGAAUUGCUUGCUCCUGCGACGCCUGCGACGCCUGCGACGUCAGCUUCGGCUCCCGUACGUGUCAGAAGAGCGGCUUUUGAUGACGGCGGCGGGGACGACGGCGCGGACAGCGGUGACGACAGCGAUGACAGCAGCGGUGACGACGACCACGACCACGACAGCGACCGCGACGACGACGACGACGACGACGACGACGACGACGCCGUCAUCGCCACCGCGGCGCUACCAUUUGCGGAUUCGGAUUCCGACAUGGGCGGUGAUGACUCCCCCGCGUCAGUCGACCUUGGAGAGAGGGCGAGGAGGGUGGUGAUGGAGAACAAGAGGGGCAGGGCAAAAGAUUGGAUGAGGGAGAUUUACGAGUCGGAUUUGGACCCUUGGCAGAUCGUCGGCGCCGGCGGGCGCGCCGUGUCUGAUGAGGCUGAUCUCUCGCGCUCGCGCUCGCCCGCGUCUGAUCUGUUCCAGCUGGCGAAGCGAGAUGGCCAUCGCGACGACGACGACGAGCACGGCACACUUGCACUGGUUCCUGAUCAAUUCGAGGGGAAAGGGGAGGGAGUGGAGUUCAAAGAGGAUGCCGAGCUGGAUGCUAUUCGACACCUCUUUUUUACCGGAGCAGAGCAACAGCAAGUCGAGCGCGACGAUGAUGGCGACGAGGAGGAGGAGGCGCUCGAUGAUGGCGACGAGGAGGAGGAGGCGCUCGACGCCGGCUCGGCCGCCCACACCCGCUCGCAGGCCGCGCGCAAAGAAGCGCUAAAGAGACGCUUUGACGAGCAGUACGACGACGACGACGACGGCGACGCGCCAAAAGAGGACUGGUACGACGAGCAAAAAGCAGAACUGACUCGACAGGCCGAAGCGAACAGGGCGGAAUUCGCUCAAGAAGAUGCUGCUACGCGCGAUCGGAUACAGGGCUACAAGCCUGGCGCAUACGUUCGCAUCGAGUUGAAGGAUGUGCCCUUUGAGCUGGUGCGCCACUUUGACGCGCGUCGACCGCUUCUGGUGGGUGGAUUGCUUUCGAGCGAAGAGGCGCUAGGUUUCACCCAAGUCAGGAUCAAGCGGCAUCGUUGGCAUGCGCGCAUCCUCAAGACGAACGACCCCCUCAUCUUUUCCAUCGGUUGGAGAAGAUUUCAAAGCACGCCAAUCUAUUCGCUGGAUGAUGGGACGCGCAAUCGGAUGCUCAAGUAUACGCCCGAACAUAUGCAUUGCCUAGCCACGUUUUGGGGUCCUUGCAGUCGACCAAAUACCGGUUUUGCAGCGUUUAAUACGCUCUCUUCUCAAGUCUCUUCGUUUAGGAUCAGCGCGACGGGCACGGUGCUAGGUUCGGAUAGCGCAGCGGCCGCUUACAAGAUCGUAAAGAAGCUCAAAUUGACGGGAACGCCGAGCAAGAUUUUCAAGAAUACGGCAUUCGUAAAGGACAUGUUCAAUUCCAGCUUGGAAGUGGCCAAAUUCGAAGGAGCGCACAUCAAGACCGUUUCGGGCGUGCGCGGCCAGAUCAAAAAGGCGCUCGCGAAGCCAGAGGGGCAUUUCAGGGCUGCGUUUGAGGACAAGGUGUUGAUGAGCGACAUCAUCUUUCUACGCGCAUGGUACGCCAUCCUACCCCGCAAAUACUACAAUCCCGUCACUUCGCUCUUGCAAGCCGGAGAAUGGCAAGGCAUGCGCUUGACUGGAACAGUUCGACGAGAACAGGGCAUGAGCGCACCCAAUCUGACCGACAGUCGAUAUGCUCCCGUCGUGCGACCGGAAAAUCGCACAUUCCACGCUCUCAAGGUUCCCAGAAAGUUGCAGGCUGCGCUGCCGUUUGCUAGCAAGACCAAAGUGUUGAAGAAGCAAGCUGAAAAGACGUAUUUGACUAGACGCGCCGUCGUUGCUGAAAAGCCGGAGCGCGAAGCCAUGGCUCUUUUGCAGCGCAUGCACGCCGUUCAAAAGGUCAAGGGGGCGAAGCGCAAAGAGACCAAGGUGGCUAGGAGGGAGGAGAAGCGCAAGAGGGAGAGCAAGGAGGAGAGCGUGCGCGAUGCAAAGAGGCAGAGGGCGAUCAAGCAGAGUCUCAAGGUGGCGGGGCGGGCGCAGGCGCGGGCGCGGGCGUGA